AUAACUCAAUUUUUUAUUUUCCAAACAGAAACCCAAUUUCAAUCAUCGGCUAUUUAAAGCCUAAACUCCAAAAUGAAACCACGACUGAGUGAGUAAAGAGAGAGAGAGAGACACACACACACACAGAAACUGAGUAUAGUGUAAAAAAACAGAGAGUUUUCAGAGAGACAACAAAAACGGUACCGGUAACCGGCGAAGAUGAUAGCUUAUCUUGAGCGUUUCGUACACGGAAACGACGUCGAGUCGAGGCAAAACGACGACGACGUCGUCGAUUGUACGAGUUUAUGCGACGCGCUGAACCUACAGGGCAGUAUCGACAGCGUGGCUACCGGCUUAGCCGAUAAAGAUUUUGGCGGCUUGCGUUCUAUAAAACCGUUGGCUCUAAUCAGACCGGCGGGAACCGAUGACGUGGCGAGGGUGGUCAAAGCGGCGGCGCGGUCAUCGAAUCUAACGGUGGCGGCGAGAGGCAACGGCCACUCAAUCAACGGCCAGGCGAUGGCCGAUCGAGGACUGGUCCUGGACAUGCGGUCCAUGGAGGAUGUGUUCGACGUGGUCGUGGUUAAUGGCACGGCCUAUGUUGACGUGUCCGGAGGGGCAUUAUGGGAAGAUGUGUUGAAACGGUGCGUUUCCGGGUUCGGCUUAGCUCCGAGGUCUUGGACUGAUUAUCUCAGUUUAACGGUGGGCGGGACGUUAUCGAACGCCGGUGUCAGUGGCCAGGCUUUCCGUUACGGACCACAAACGUCGAACGUAACGGAAUUAGAAGUCGUAACGGGAAAAGGUGAAAUUUUCGUUUGCUCAGAGACUGAGAAUUCUGAACUGUUCUUUGGGGCUCUCGGUGGUCUUGGUCAGUUUGGUAUUAUUACCAGAGCUAGAAUUUUGCUACAACCAGCCCCGGACAUGGUGAGGUGGAUAAGGGUGGUGUAUUCUGAGUUUGAGGAAUUCACUCGGGACGCUGAGUUCCUGGUGACUCAGCAAGAUGGCGACUCGUUUGAUUACGUGGAGGGCUUUGUAUUCGUGAACGGUGAUGACCCAGCCAAUGGCUGGCCUUCAGUGCCGUUGGAUUCGAACCAUGGAUUCGAUCCGACCCGAAUUCCCAAAACCGCUGGCUCCGUUCUUUACUGUCUUGAAGUGGCUCUUCACUACCGAAACACUGACCACCCUUCAACUGUUGAUAUGGUUGUUGAUGGGUUGCUUGGACGGCUAGGAUUUGUUGAGAAUUUGAAGUUCGAGUUGGACUUGAGCUACAUGGAGUUUCUAUUGCGUGUGAAGCGUGCAGAGGAACAUGCCAGGGCUCACGGUCUAUGGGACGCACCGCACCCAUGGUUAAACUUGUUCGUAUCAAAGUCAGAUAUUGAAGAGUUUGACCGCGCCGUGUUCAAGAAUAUCCUAAAGGGUGGCGUGGGUGGGCCCAUGUUGAUCUAUCCUCUUUUGCGAAGCAUGUGGGAUACACGUACUUCUGUGGUGUUACCAGAGGGUGAGAUUUUCUACAUAGUGGCAUUGCUCCGUUCAAACCUUCCGUACCCAAAGGGCCCUUCACCUGAGAAACUGGUUGCACAAAACCAUGAGGUUAUUCAAUAUUGCAUCAAGCAUGGCCUUGAUUUCAAACUGUACCUCCCUCACUAUGAAAAACAGGAGGGAUGGAAGCGACAUUUUGGGAACCAGUGGACAAGAUUUGAGGAAAGGAAGGAAAAUUUUGAUCCGUUGUACAUCCUUGCACCUGGACAGAAAAUCUUCUCAAGGAUCCAUUAGCUCUAGCGUCCAAUCAAUCAGAUCCAUUGUGAUUAAAUUUGUAACAUCUGUGUUAUCAAUAGUUUCCAUAUAUAGGCGGAUCCAUCGGAUCCAUUUGAUACUAGUUCAUGAGCAAGUUGGGGCAAUGUAAAGGAAUAUUUUUAGCAAAAAUUUUGUUCCAUUGUGA